UCCCAUCUCCCGUCCCCGCGCCAUCUAGUCUCGGCGCCUCCCAUCUCCCGUCUCCUCUCCUCCUCCCCGUCCUCUCUUCUUUUCCUGCUCCCUCAUUCCACCCGCCCACCACGUACAUAAACCCUCUCUGCGCCUUCUCCCGCCAGCGUCCUGCCCGUCUCAUUUUUUUGCCUUCUACCUUUUGACAUCUCGUCUGAUCACGCCGCCCGUCCUUCUUCCCCGUCUUCGCAUCCAUACGGGUCUUACGCAGGCCGUCUCCACGCCAGACAUGUCCUGCGCUGUCGCAGCCGACAGCAUGUCCUCACCAUCUUCUUCCUCGACAUCGCUGUCUUCUCCGGAUGCGACGUCCUCUUCCCGGUGCCUCGCCGACGACACCGCCGAGCCGCUCACUCGUUCUGCUCCGCCGGCGAAAGAGCAGAAAAAGCGCGGCCGUGUCACGCCAGAGCAACUCGUCGUGCUCGAGGCCCUAUUUGCCGACAACCAUAGCCCGAAUGCCAUCCUUCGCAAGGAGAUCAGCGGGCAGCUCGGCAUGGCCGAGCGCCAGACCCAGAUCUGGUUCCAGAAUAGGAGAGCAAAGGAGAAGCAAGGCAAAGGCAAAAAACCUGGCGCAAAGGAAAAGCCCACGGCCUCGACGCAGGAGUCUCCCCCCGCCCCGCCUCUCCAGCCGCCCAGCAUAGUACUUUUCCCGUCUCAGGAUGCCGAGAUCCAAACUCGCAUCCGCGAAGAUGACCCGGUUAUCGUCAUUCCAUGCACUCAGCUCUCCAUCGGCACCUGGGUACGUGUUGCCGCAACGGAUGGGGACGCCUCCCAGCGGCACGACCUGCUCGCAUACAUCUGUGAUGCACAGAAUCGUCUCACUUGGUUUGUACAUCACCGUGACGAAGCCGUCGAGCACGCUGUACGUAUGGACAUUGCGCUCGACAGCGUCGUUGACGCCACCCUCGCCCCCACUUCUCCCAGCGCCUCUCCCAUCUCUUCUGUCUCGUCCAGCGCAGAAACCAGUAGCAGCAAUGACGAUCAAGCCUCACGCCUCACGCUUCUCCUCGCCUACUCGCCGCUCUUCUUCAUGACCGUUACGCCCCCAGACGGCGGCGUCCCUGUAUGGGCGCCUUGUGGCGAUUGGACUGAGGGCUUACAAGCCAGUGUGGUGCUUCGGCAUGAGCUUUUAGGCGCGUGUGCACCGCUUACCUACCUCUGGACGCGCCUUCGCACCGGGCCUGCGCGCGCCCCGUGGGGCUCGCCCUACCAGCCGACUCUCCCUCACCCUCACAUGCCGAGCUCGCCAACGACCGCACUGCCGGUGGGCGCACCCCCCUCGCCGCCCAUCCGCGAACUUUCUGACCUCUCCAUGGAGCAACAGUUCCAGUCGCCUGCCUCGUCGCGUCCUGGUUCGGUGUACGACCCCUCAUAUCUCCCAGCCUACGCACCACAGACUGCCACUCGCUUCGCGACGAUACGCUUGCCAGUCAGCCUCGCUUCCUUGCGCACCGCACCCCCAAUGGGUCAGCUCGCGACCCCGUCUACAUCAUCGUACUCGAGCAUGAGCAGCCCGCUGAGCCCGCUGUUCGUGCAGACGCCCAGCGCAUACUCGGAGGACGCGGGCCAGGAGUGUCAGCGAGAGUACAUGGGAGCGCACGGCGCAGAGUACAACGAGUACGACGAGUACCUCAAGGUCGACUUCAAUGAGCAGUCGCCCGGCUUUGCUCACGCCUUUCCUUCUCCUACCCCGUUCAGCGACGGCGCGGGACAAGACAUGUUCCUCCCCCCAAGCCUAAGCCGCCGACUAUCAGCUCCUGUCAUGCCCAUGUCUGUGCCGCAGCCCGAAAGGCAGCUGGAGCGCGCUCAGGGCACACAGGGACUCGCCUAUCACCACUCCGCCCUCGCGCGUACCUUCUUGCCGGGACACACCCGAAAUCGUUGCGGAGACGCUCCCAGGGCCCAGCGCAGAUCGGUUGACUCCUCCACAGGGAGUAGCCCCGCAGCCGGCCAGGGCCAGCCGGGCAUCUCACAAGGACAACGCAGAGACUAAAUUAAAGCGUAUGUUAUUAUCUCAAUCUCGUGUCUUCUUACAUUAGAGAGUACCUUAAAGUGCGCUGUCACUGCCCUAGGCAUGUCUGGCGGCCGUUCGUAUCAUAGGAUCGUCUUACAAAGGCUAGAAUGUACCGUACUUCCUGCGACGCUUGACGCGGCGUGUAAAUCCAGAUUGCGGAAAUGCUUGAGCAACGUGUCC